AUGGCGUCUAACGACAGUGCUAUCACAAACGUUAUACCCUUUUCCGUGCAUCCUUUGAAUACACGCUCCCCCGAAAUCUCGACGGCGUCGACACGCGCGACAGCUCUCGAUGUCUGUUACUCAGUUUACGGAGAAAGCCCUGUGUCCGCAGAUACAGUGGACAAUUUCUAUGAAGCUAACGCUCGCGAUAUACAUAGGCUAUCGCGCCAGUUGAGCUCCGUAGAUGUGCCGAGACCCUUGGCCGUGAUUUGCACACUCUUUCGUUUGCGGGUUCCAACGUCCAAUGACCUUCUAUUUGAGGCUUUGCGGGUUUGGACUGACGUCGUGGAUAUCUGCGAGAACGAAUCAUUUGAUGGCCACCGUAAAGCAAUUGUUGAACACACCCUUAAUAUUUUGGUCCUUCCGGGGAUCCACCGUGAAGGGUCGAUAUCGCACACUGUCAAUAACUCGACCGACUCCCUCGUAAAUAUACACGGGUCUCCAGUUUUACCCUCACUAUCGCAACCCUUUAUCUCUCCCUCUUUACCUAUCCCUGGGACCUCGUUAGCAUUCCCUUCUCCCCUGCAUUUCAAACUGAGGAUAGUCACUCGGCUGUCCUUCAAUGAACAGGGACUCGUCACUCAUCAUAGGGAUAUAUGGGACAUUAAAGAUGUCAUGGGUUUAUUGCCUGGAGUUUCAUUAGCACAGUGGAUUGGCACAAGAAUUGCAGCAACCGGCUUAUCGUAUAUUUCAAAGCUCUUCCCUGGCAAAGCGCAUCGCCAUACGGAACUCCCGUCCCGCUCUUUAGAGGGCGCAGAUCUCGAGCAAGGAGGCAGGCCCUUAAAGGCGGACCAACUCGCCACUUAG